AUGGCUUCUUUCCAGGACCGUGCUCAGCACACCAUCGCCCAGCUCGACAAGGAGCUCUCCAAGUACCCUGUCCUCAACAACCUUGAGCGUCAGACCAACGUCCCCAAGGUCUACGCCAUCCUCGGCCUGGUCGGAGUUUACUUCUUCCUCGUCUUCUUCAACAUUGCUGGCGAGUUCCUCGUCAACUUUGCCGGUUUCAUCAUCCCCGGCUACUACUCCCUCCAGGCCCUCUUCACCUCCAACACCCAGGAUGACACCCAGUGGCUCACCUACUGGGUUGUGUUCGCCUUCCUGACCGUUAUUGAGAGCGCCAUCAGCGCCGCUUACUGGUUCCCCUUCUACUAUAUCUUCAAGUUUGUCCUGAUCCUUUGGAUGGCCCUCCCCCAGACCAACGGUGCCCAAGUCGUCUUCCAGUCCUUCCUCCAGCCCGUUGUCGGCCGCUUCUUCUCCAGCUCCGGCACCUCCUCCAACCUCCGCGCUCAGGCCGAGGCCGCCAGCAAGCCCCACUCCACCUAA